GUUUCCGACUGUAUGUUUAUCAAAUAUUUAAAUAAAGUAUUGUAAAUUAGUUGUCUGAGCCUUGGGUAACCCUGCACAGUACAUGUAAUCAGUAAUGAUGUAGUCUGAAGAGGGUUAGGCCUGGGUUUGGAAAAAUGGAUAAGUAUGUGAUCCGUAAACCAGAGAACUUGGGAAUAUCUACUGAAAGUAAAUCAUCACCAGGAACUAAACAAGCCACCCUAGAAUCUCUGAAGGGUGUUGUAGUUAUUGAAGAGAUAAUCCGACAUAAAACAAUACUAGAACUUAGAGAUCAGACUACGACUGAGCUAAUAAAAUCCCUAAUGGAGCUCAGUAAAAAACAGCCAUCCAAAGAAAUAUUAAUCUCAACAGGAAUAGGUCGCACAGUUCACAAGUUAUGUAAACAUAAAGAAAUGGAAGUUGUCAAUUUGGCACAAAAAAUAUACCAAGAGUGGAAAAAACAUGUACUCUCCAAACAUAACCAGCCACUGCUAGAAGUAAGAUGUGAUUUGAAAACACAAGAAUUUCGACAGACAGCAAGAAAGUGGCUUGUCAAGGCUUUGGGAGAACAGGAGGAUGGGCAACUUGCAGAAGCCUUAGAGAGAGAGAUAUUCCACAUCAGUGGCCGGUUAGUUAAAGGGAUGUAUCGCCGUCAUGUGAGAAAAGUGGUGUUUACCCUGCAAUAUGGAGAGAAAGAAAGAAAAGCUUUAGCCAGUAGACAACUCUCUCUAACUAAGUUUGUUGCACAGUGUAAAAAAUGAAACUGCCUCUUCUAUUAGUUGAAAAUUAAGGUUCCUUUCAACAAAUAUUGGAUGUGUAGCUGAUUGAUGUAUGUUUUAUUGGUGAUUGUAAAUACAGUUUUGAAAUGUGAAACAUUGUGUACUUGUACAUUUAAAAAAAUUUCAUUGCUAUUCCUUCUUUCCCUCUUUUUUUUUGUUAGUAUUUAUCAUUUUCUCUUUGGUUAAAAUGUUUUUUUUGUGUGUGUGUUUUAAAAAAGCUCUUAACAUUUGAUGUGUCAUUUGACAAGUUACUUGAAAUCUUCAAUCACUGGCUGAUGUAGGUUGUGAACAGUAUUUCUUUGCAAAAAGAUUAAAAUAUCCUCCAAUCUUUAAUUUCAUCACAGUGAAGUGAAAUAGUUUUUCUAAGGCUCUGUCUUUAUAAUAACCUGUUUUAUUUUUGAUAAUAUAUCAUGCUUUGUGAUAGCUGUAAUUUUGCUAGUACAAAAUUCUACAAUUGACAAUAUCAUUUGCAGAAUUGAUUUUUGUCCAUUCAGGUUCCUAAUUUGAAUUUUUUCCCUCAGCAUUUUAUCUUAAGCAUGAAAAACUUAUGUGGUGUGCUUUUUUAAUGACUUUUCUGGAAGAAAUAUUUGUUUUAUAAAGGCUUGUGUCAUUUUACUAUUUCUACUUAAACAAUUGAGAUGAGACUUAAAGUUCAAAUAUAUUUAUGUUCAGUCAACAGAUAUGAAUGUUAAAUUUGCAAGAACAAAAAUGGUGCAGCUACAAAACAUACAUCUUAAACUGGUUUGCAAUGACACUAACAAUGAUGGACUUUGAUUGUUGUUUUUGAUAAAAUAAAUCUUGGAUAAUUGUUGAAA